CGGCAACAGUCCAAGCAAUACAAUAUUCGGGACAACCCAGAAUCUUCCAACUUCUAGUGCCUCGGCGACGUCAUACACUUUACAGCCCAAGUUCUCAGCCUUGCAGUGACAGCUCCUUUCCAAGCUACAUCGCAUAAACCUCACACAUUCCCUUGCCAUUCUUCAUGAUCGCAACACGUUGAUUUCUCGUCUUUCUGCGAGUCGCUAGAUCCUCACACUCUUUUUCCUUUCUUUCUCCUGUCCAGCAUCAAAUGGCACCUCGACGCCGCACAUCCAACUCUGAUCCCAACAAUUCCAUCUCCAGCGACAUGGCCGCCCCUACGAGCCACGAUCAAGACCAAGAGAAGAACCAGGUCUCAAAACACCAUCCGCCGUAUCUGCCGACGCCCCUCGAGCGAAUAGCCCUCGGCAUCUUCCCCGCGAUCCUCGUCUUCGGCACCAUCUUCUCUGUCCUCUCGCCCGACAUCCGAGCCGCUGAAUAUGACCACGUGUCGCAGUCGCACCACCAAGACCCGAGCAAGGCGCCCGGCUACUUUGCCCGCAAGAACAACGUCUUCAACGUCUUCUACGUCAAGCGAGGCUGGGGAUGGAUCACCUUUGCCUUUGUCUUUUCCCUCCUCGUGCAGCCCACCGGCAAGACGCCGCCUGCAGUCGUCUUGAUGAGGAGAAUCCGCGCGGGGCUGCGGUGGGUGGCCGUCACGGGCUGGUGGUUUUUCGUCACGCAGUGGUUUUUUGGCCCACCCAUUAUUGACCGCAGCUUUCGGUGGACCGGCGGCAAAUGCGAGCUGGCCCAGCGAGAGGUUGCCAUGGGAGAUGGUUCCGUCAAAGAGAUGUUGACGGCCGUAGCGUGUAAGGCGGCUGGGGGUAAAUGGAAGGGAGGCCACGAUAUCUCGGGGCACGUUUUUCUUCUGGUGCUGGGAACUGCGUUUUUGAUGCAGGAAGUUGGCUGGUCGGCUCUCAGAUUCAGCGGAUGGCUAGCUGAAGAGAGAAGCAUCGUCGUUUCUGACGGAACUGUUCAGAGCGCUAGCGUAGAGUCCGAGACGGCCAUUGGGGAGGGCAAAGGAGAGCCCGUGUUCAACAUCUCAGGAAAGACGGCCAUAGGCAUCAUGUCAUUGAACCUGUGGAUGCUGCUGAUGACAGCCAUAUACUUUCACACGUGGUUUGAAAAGCUUACUGGGCUUUUGACCGCCAUCGUAGGGAUAUACACCAUCUAUUAUGUGCCUAGAUUUGUACCGGCUGUUCGAGGAGUGAUUGGCUUGCCGGGGAUAUAGAUAGCAAUGCGAGCAUGAACUGUAUAAAUUCGAGUUGAGAAGAUAGGAUAGCCAUAUUGAAUUCUUAAUGAUUAAUAACUUCUUCCCUGAUAAAGUG